GAGACGGUUUUACUAAAUAGUCUCUCGUUAAUCGUAAAAUAUGACCACAGGAUUGAAACCCAUUUGCUUAUUGAAUAAUGUUUUGUGAUAAGUUUUAGAAUUUAAUUAGCUUAAUAAGCAAUAUGCAGUGAUCAUUUGGUUACUGUGCACAUGUUAUUAAUUGGUUAUAAAAACUCAUCUUUGCUGCAAUGGAUGGAAGUUCAUCUUCCCUUGCUACUCUGGAACUAUAUGUCAAUGAACUCUUUUCUGGAAAUGCGAACAAAGAGCAAAUAGAAAAAAUUCACCAGGCUCUGGAUAACUUUAGUCGUCAGAAGGGAGCUUGGAAAGAUGCACUUUAUUUUCUGAGUCAAACCACGAAUCCACAGACUGCCAUGUAUUCCUUGACUGUUUUAGAGGGUGUCAUAACUAAAGGAUGGACUGGAUUAUCCAAUGGAGAACAAGUUGAAUUGCGCACAACUCUAUAUCACUGGCUCUUAGAAAAGCAUCAGUUUGCCCCUUAUUUCAUUCGUAACAAGGCUGUUCAAUUAGUUGUCCAUAUUGCAAGAUCUGAUUGGCCCCAAAAGUAUCCAGAUUUCUUUAGUGAUGUCCUGAUGCAAGUUUCAUCUUCUAGUAGUUCAUCUACCAUACUUGGACUUCUAUUCCUUCAGACUACAUCAGAGGAGCUUGGUACACCUAGGGAUGGUCUACUUUCUAGCAGGAAAGCAGAGCUAAAGCAAAGACUUUUACAACUUAUACCUCAGAUAUUGGCGAUUCUAACUGGACUGCUUCAAUCUAUCUGGGAAAAACGGGCACAUUCCAUAACAAGCACACCACCUCCAUCACCUACUAAUCCUCUUCCUCCUGAAAGCUCUUCUCCACAUCAUCAGAACUUGUCUACGGGAAAUCAUAGUAGUUCACAUUCUUUGAACUCAGAAGCCGAACCUGUUGCCCGGCUCGUCCUCCAAUGUCUGACACAUUUUUUUACGUGGAUUCCACUCUCGAGUCAUGUAACUCCUCAACUGAUGGAGCUGAUUUUUCGCUUUGUCGGCAUGGGGACCGAAGAAUUGCAACCCAUGAUGAGCACAUCCAACGAACUUAGUGUUCCAGUUGUUGCCUUGGGAACAGUAAAUGAAAUCCUUUACAAGAACUGUGUCCCGGCUGAAUUCGAAAACUUUGUUGUACUUCUUUUCAAUAAUUGUUGCAUUAUUCUCCAUCAUUUUGUCAACAAUUUGAACAAUGUCCAUUUACCCCAGCAACCACGUCCUCAAUUCCUUGAAAAGCUUGUUGAACUUGUUCAUCUGUUGGUAUCAAACCACUUAAGACGGUUAGAAGGCCGUCUUCUACCACAGUUCAGCGUCCCGCAGUUCCUUUCCCUCUUCUUCAGCUUUACAUUCGAACAAGCUGACUGGGGUCGUUAUGCAUCGUGCCUUGACACUUGGCAAGUAUUUCUCAACUAUGUGAAGCAAUCAAGCAAUAUCAACGGAAGCCAACCCAUUUUUAAUGGAGUUUCCUUAGCUUCACGGUACCAAGACUCAUUGGUAACCCUUAGUGAACACGUACUCCGCAAAACGCUUUUUGCCAGUAACAUCACCCAACUAGAAGAACUAGAUGACGAAGCGAUUGAUGGCAAUAUGGAAACUGAACGCCAAAAAAUACAACAUCAGUCUAUUGAAAUUUUCGUUACUGCGGGAGAGUUAGUCAGAAAUCAGACACUUUCAUUAUUAAACGAACCUUUCCAGCGAUGCACUUCGGCUUAUCUAUCAUUAACGUCUCUUUCUACCACAAAUAACAACAUCGUUCGGAUAGAGUCAAAGGAUCAGCUUAAAGAAAUGUUGGUUCUCUUCAAAGAUCUUGCCAUGCUGAUUCAACUUGUUGGACGUCUUUCUGAACUGCACACCGGGCCUGAUUAUUGCACUCACUUCGAAGUAGGGAAAUCACUUGUUCAAAAACUUGUUGAUUUGGCCUCCUACGGAUCAGUGGUGUCUAAUUUAAAUUUUGUCGGCAUUCCUGCGGAUGAGCUCAAGUCCACGUUGUCUUUAGUACAUGCACACGUUUUGUCAUCUCUGCAGGCGUGGUGUCACUGGAUAUCCAUGUGGGCCCACGGUGAUGGUCCCAAAGAGCCAGUGAACUCACUAGUCUCCGCACUUGUUGCGUCUGCAAUCGACGUUUUUAGUCCAUCCUGGUGUAACAUGAGGGCCACUUCUGGAAGUGUGAAAGAGAAUAAUCGAGAAAAGGUGUAUCAGGCAGGAUUGCAAUUACUCUCGUCUGUCGUCAACGUCAUACGCACAGCGGAUUUAUGGACUUGCCCUUCGUGGAUGGAAGUGUUCCAUUCAGUUUACGAAAUCAGUUAUCUACCACCAGCUAUUCAUCGAGAAUUGAUGCGUUGCGUCUUGGGUUCUGCCAUUGUGACUUGGCGUAACUGUACCACCGAAGAACAGCAUUGGGAAGAGCGACAAUCACGCCUACAGUUGACCUUGGAUCGCGCUACCCAGGCCACGCGAAUAUUAGUGCAAGAACUGGGAAGAGAACCAUUGACGCCGUUUUUAGUCCAAGGCAAAUCUGUUGUGAUAUCCACACUGGCUUUGCUGGCUGACUUAGCUGGCCUAGUUCGUGAUGAAACUACUGCUUCAAAAGCGGCCUUAUUCUCGGUUCUUGGUCCGUGGAUUGAACCGACUCUGAUUCUGCUAUCGUACUACAUUCAUGAUUCAGAGGUGACUGAAGCCAUCUUUCAGUUGUAUGUGGCCAUAUUCGAUAGCUUGUUAAGUCAGCUUGGAAUAGGGCGCGCUGAGAAAGCGGUUCAAACCUUCCUGGAAAUAUUCAAACAACAAAAUAUUCAAGAAAUUCUGCAACACGACAACGUUCAUGGAAUCCGAGCAGUAGAACAGCUCUUGCGGAUUUUACAAAUUGUUGUCCAAGAACCAGGCAAUACGUUCAAACGUUUUUUGCCUAACACCUUAUCAUUGUGUUUGGAUCAUAUCCAUCCUUGUAUCUUGCAGGUGAACUCGCCUGAUAUAAAAGAAACGUUCUACCAUUUGCUGACUUUGAUUUUACGUCAUCAUUGGCGUUCGUUUUUUAAGGGAUCGGUGUUGAUGACAUACGGGUCUCGAGAUUUGGAUCGUGCCGAACAAAUGGAUAAUCGACCACAGUUUAUCGCCAUUAUGACUUCCUACGGACAGUCGUUCUUAAUGCCGGAUAUUACUAUUUUUAAACAAAAUCUCGAGGCCCUCGAUAAUCUUCAAUCAAAAUGGAAAUUGUACCACAAAUCCGUUUUCCGUGAUGGAAUUGCCAGUCAGUUUAUAAGUACCCUUUUGAAUGUACUAACCAAUGGAUCGCACGAGCUUCUGAGAGAGGAAAUAGGAUUAGCUAUUUAUGCCAUGGCUUCUCCUGAUUUCGAAGCCUUCUUUCAGCAACUCCUUCCAGAUUACCUUCUAAGUUGCCAAGGGAUAGAAGACUAUCAGAGAAUUGCAUUAAAAAGUAGCUUCACCAAUGAUACGGAUCUUCCUUCUUUUACGCAAAACGUCCAUCGACUUACCAAUGAUCUCCGAUGUUUCCGUUCAACCAACAUUUCCAGCGCAAGCCUCUACCAAUGUUGAAGGAUUUAAAUUGGGCCCAGUUAACUGUCCUACGUCGCUCAUAGGGUUCGCUUGUCAAUUUUUUGGCCUUAUCCGGAAUUUCCCUUUCAAUACAAAUUCUUAAUUCUA